AUGCGCACCACUGCGGUCCACGAGCGACGCCGGACCCGGGACCGGGAGGCGAAGCGCAAGGCCCGCGAACAACACAAGCGCGAUGUUGCGGCGCUUGUCGCGUCGAUCGCCGAGCUCCGUGAAGCGGCCAGCGUCCUCCAGGGCACGCAGUUGUCAUGGCAGGACGUGGCGCUCGCAUUACGCACCAGCACGCAGUCGAGUGUCCUUGAAAACAAGGCGCUUCGGGCCGAGCUCGUAACGACCUCGUCGCUCGUGCGCGAGCUGCAGGCAUGGGUUGACGCUACGGCGAGCAUCCCCGCGGCACCACCUCGACUCGCCGAAGCCUCGUGGCGCGACGCGUACCUUCCAAUGGAGCCGCGCACUCGACAACUCGGGUACAUUUGGAUUGCGCAGCAGCUCGACCAUGCUGCGAACGAGCGCUUGCACCCGGCACUCUUUCCGCACACGCUGGAAGACUCGAUCCGGGUCGAGUGGUCACGGCUCAGCCGGAAGCUCGUCAUGCAAAAGAUCGUGACGGCGUCGACGCACGAGGCCGCCAAAGCACUUUGGCUUGUCAACCGCGCGACGCCCGAGUGUCACUUGUACCCCAAUUUCCUUGUUUCGAGCGACGUCGAGUCGUUGCACCAUGAGAUGAAUGCCGAGAGCGAGAUGAGUUAUGUGCGCGAGCUCUGCAACGGGCGCAGCGUCAACGUCUUGCAUCGACGCGUCACGAUCGACGACGAGCGCGUCCUCGUCGCCUACCGGUCGAUUCGUCAUGAUGAUCUCUUUGCCAGCGACCGCCUUGACACCUUUCAAGAAUGGAACGAAGUGCGGCGUGUCUCAAAGACCCAGUGCGUGAUUCGAACCGUCUCGGUGCUCGAGCCCAACGAACCCUACCCCUCGGUGGCCGCGCUCCUACGAACCGAAUAUCCGAAUUUGUACACCGAGUCGAUGACGGCGAUGCCGCCUCGUAUUCUCGUCGAGACGCAUUUCCGUCGGGUGCUCCAAGUUAAGGGCCAUGCGCUUGCCAAAGCGUACUUUGCCCUCGUGGAUGAAGUCCUCGCCAGCUUACAAGCCCCGAGCGUUGCAGAGUAA